AUGAGCGACCAGUGCAUCCACCGCUUGCUCGCUGCUAGCCCCGUUCUGGAGAACCUUGGGCUCGUGCUCAAGGGGAAGCCCGAGCGUGUCCAUGUCUGCAGCCAAAGCCUCCGGUGCUUGCUCCUUGGGUUGUCCAAGGUGGAGGAGUUCACCGUGGUGGACGCCCCGCUCUUGGAGCGCAUCAUCUUCUUCAGGCCGCCUUAUGGUGGAACCGAUUGCGUGAGAUUCAAGAUUGCUUCGGCACCCAAGCUGCGGGUGAUCGGCUACCUGCAGACAAGAAUUCACAAGCUGCAGAUCAGUGACAACAUCAUCAAUCCUGACACAAACACGAGCCCAGGCACCAUGGUCCCUAGUGUUGAGAUAUUGGCCGUGAAGGUGAACUUUGGUGUAUUCUGGGAGGUGAAGAUGUUGGCCAGCUUUCUAAGAUGCUUCCCCAAUGUCAGCACGCUGCACAUCGAGUCUGUACCGCAUGAUCCAUCAGUAGCCACUCAUGAACCCACUGAAGAGCACUAUGCUAGGUUCUGGCAGGAGGCCAGUCCAGUCGAAAGCUUGAGGUUACAUGUCAGGAGCUUGUUCAUCCACAAAUUUCGAGGGGAUCAAAACGAGUUUGAAUUCCUCAAGUAUGUGGCCAUGAAUGCGCGGGAGUUGCGAGCUUUGCUGGUCAUGUCGCCUGAAGAAAAUUUUGCUUCGGCACUGGCAAACAAGGUGAAUGAGAUGGCAAACAAAUUGGAUCGUCCACGGUUUCAGCCAUGGAUCGCUCGAGGAUUCCUGGAGGCACCUCGAGUACGGAAUGCUUAG